UGAGGGUGGCGGAGUGCCGUCGGACCGAACUGAUGACCUGAGACGCUCCACGACCGUGUCAGCCAUGGUGGCUCAGGCGCGCCGUGACCCGGCCGGGGGCAAGGGGGGCGACUCAACCAGCUCCCAGCUCACGGUGGCGGUGCGGAUCCGUCCUCUCAUGAACAACGAGAAGGCACGGGGCCGCGUAGCCGAGGCUCUGGAUGACAAGAUGGUGACGUUGAUGGACAACGAUGGAGACAAAAACGAUGUCCUUCGUCAAAAACGGCGACAGGAAAAACAGUUUGUGUACGACAUCGCCUUCGGAGAGGACUCUAGCCAAAAAGUGGUGUACGAGCGCACGACUCGGGACCUGGUACAGGACGUCCUGAAGGGGUACAACGCCACAGUGUUCGCCUACGGUCCUACAGGCGCUGGUAAAACGUUCACAAUGGUGGGAACCGCUGAACAGCCCGGUAUCAUGGUCCGAGCGCUCAAUGACCUCUUCAAGGUCAUGGAGGAAAACAAGGAGGAGCAGGAUUUCAAGAUGACGCUGAGUUAUUUGGAGAUUUAUAAUGAAAACAUCCGCGACCUCCUGAAGCCCAGCACUGGAACUUUGGACCUCAGGGAGGACGCCAAGAGGGGCACCAUUGACGUGGCAGGCCUCUCCGAGGUCACGACACAAAGUACAAAAGAGGUGAUGCGGCUCCUGACCAAAGGGAACAAGGAGCGAACCAUGGAGUCGACUGCCGCCAACAAAACCUCCUCCAGAAGUCGCCCUACUCAUGUGCCGGUGAACGUGCGCCAGCAGUCGCGGGUGCGUGACAUUCACGAGACGGUGAAGACGGGUCGGCUCUACAUGAUCGACCUGGCCGGCUCAGAGCGCGCCAAACGCACCAAGAACCAAGGGAAGCGACUACAAGAAGGCGCCCACAUCAACCGCUCUCUGCUGGCCCUUGGGAACUGUAUAAACGCGCUGGCCGUCAAAGGAGCGAAAUACGUCAACUACAGAGACUCCAAGCUCACCAGACUCCUGAAGGACGCCCUCUCGGGUAACUGUCGAACCGUCAUGAUCGCUCACAUCAGUCCGGCGAUGGCGCAGCGGGACGAGACCUUCAACACUCUGGUGUACGCCGACCGAGCCAAGAACAUCACCAACAAGGUGAAGCGGAACGUCCUAGAUGUCACCCACCAAGUCUCGCAAUAUCAGAACAUUAUUGCCGAGCUCAAGGACGAGAUCGGACGACUCAAAACAAAAAUCACCGACAAGGACGAGCAGCCGGAGACGCCGGAUCCGACUUCACAGCCUCGCAGCCAAGAGCAGGAGGAGGAGCUUCGGGAGCUCCGCAAACAGCUCGUUAACCUCUUCAGAGAACAGAUGGAGUUGAGACACCAGGUGAUCGAGAUCGAUAACGUAUUGCUCUGGCUGGCCAUGGAGUUUGAGAAGCAGACGGCACUCAUCAACGAGUACGAACAGGAGCGGACCAUUCGACGGCGACGACUGGAGAACGCCUCAGAAGCGUCAGACAGCCCAGACGGCGUGUUCGAGGAUGAGGAGGAGGAGGAGGAACCUGAGGACAUCGUUCAGGCCUGGGAUGAUCUGCGCUAUAUCCAGGAGGAGGAGCAGAGAUACCAUAUGCGUAAGAACGCAGAAGCAGACCUCAUCGACCUCAGAGAGAAGGCCAGUAAAAUGGAAGAGGCUCUGCCGGACAAAACGUCAACGGACGAACAGAAGGAGCUGCUCGAACUGCUGCUGAAGACGCACGAGCUCGAAAUAGAAAACAUGGAGAUGCGAAGUAAUCAGCUGAUCAAAGACCACGAGCUGCGGCGGCGAGAUCUGAUGAUCCUGCGAUAUGAUCGCCAGCGGACGCUUUGUGACGAGAUCAUCAGCCGGCAGAGACAGCUCAUCGAAG